CGCCGAAUCCCUUCGGCUGCGUUGCCCUGAACCACACGUAGCAUCGAGGAGAUUUUCCACUUGGGUUUGUUUCCUUUCCAUUCUUCAGCACAGUGAGAGCAGCCGUUGCCGUUUCUGUGGCAGGACAGAAUAAAACACUUUAAAGCACGUUCUCAAUGAGACCACCUGAUGAUGAAUGAACUGCACUACCUUGCCAGUUCCAGUGGUUUGACAGUGACAAAACUCAGAGCUGCUCCCACAACUGGUCUGCAUCCCUUCCCUGUGCUAGGACAGUGAAACAAGACACUGGGAUGUCUCUGGAGUUGCAAUGAGCGGGUGGAUCAGCGAACCUGCCUGAUCUGCGGGGACAGGGCCACGGGGCUGCACUAUGGCAUCAUCUCCUGCGAGGGCUGCAAGGGCUUCUUCAAGAGGAGCAUCUGCAACAAGCGCGUGUACCGCUGCAGCCGCGACAAGAACUGCGUCAUGUCCCGCAAGCAGCGCAACCGCUGCCAGUACUGCCGGCUGCUCAAGUGCCUGCAGAUGGGCAUGAACCGCAAAGCAAUCAGGGAGGAUGGCAUGCCAGGAGGCAGAAACAAAAGCAUUGGACCUGUCCAGAUAUCAGAGGAAGAGAUUGAGAGAAUUAUGUCUGGGCAAGAAUUUGAGGGAGAGGCAAACAUGUCAUGGAGCAACAACGGAGACAGUGACCAUAGUUCCCCUGGAAAUGGAGUUUCUGAGAGCAACCAGCCUUCACCUGUUUCUACUCCAUCUUCAAGUAGGUCCGUGGAGCUGAACGGCUUCGCUGCACUCAGGGAUCAGUACCUGGGCACGCCGGUGUCCACGCACUACCAGUACCUGCCGCACCUUUUCAGCUACUCGGCGCACUCGGCGCUGGUGGCGCCGCAGCCGCGCAGCCUGGAGCCGCAGUCGCAGGGCCUCAUCAGCCAGCUGCUGUGUGCCGAGGACCUGGAGCCGCUCGGCACCCCCAUGCUCAUCGAGGACGGGUACAAAGUGACUCAGGCAGAGCUGUUUGCGUUGCUGUGUCGUCUGGCGGAUGAAUUGCUUUUCAGGCAGAUUGCUUGGAUCAAGAAGCUGCCAUUCUUCUGCGAGCUCUCCAUCAAGGACUAUACCUGCCUGCUCAGCUCUACGUGGCAGGAGCUGAUCCUGCUCUCCUCGCUGACUGUUUACAGCAAGCAGAUCUUUGGUGACCUUGCAGAUGUCACCUCCAAGUACUCUCCCUCUGACGAUGAGCUGCACAGGUUCAGUGAAGAGGGGAUGGAGGUGAUGGAGCGCUUGAUCUACCUCUUCCGCAAAUUCAACCAGCUGAAGGUCAGCAACGAGGAGUACGCCUGCAUGAAAGCCAUCAACUUCCUAAACCAAGAUAUCAGGGGUCUGACCAACGCCUCCCAGCUGGAGCAGCUGAACAAGCGGUACUGGUACGUUUGCCAGGACUUCACAGAGUACAAAUACCCCCACCAGCCAAACCGCUUCCCGGAUUUAAUGAUGUGUUUGCCAGAGAUCCGCUACAUUGCAGGAAAAAUGGUGAAUGUCCCUCUGGAGCAGCUGCCUCUCCUUUUUAAGGCCGUUCUACAUUCCUGCAAGACGAGUGUGAGCAAAGAGUGAGCGCAGCUGGCCCCGGCCGGUGCCUUACGCUGAGCCUGGGGCCGGGCCCGGCUCACCCGGGAGAGGGGCAAAGGCCAUCCAGGCAGGAGACAGGGCACUGCGCCUCCCUGCCCUCGUAGCAAGAAUCUUUUUUGUUUGUUUUUUGUUUUUUAACUCGUUUUCCUAUAUAUUUAUUUCACGACAGAGUUGAAUGUAUGAUCUUCAACACGAUGCACAUGGUUCUGUAAGAAUGCAGCAGAUGCAUUCUCCAGCAGUUUACAGAAUGUGAAGAUGUUUAAUGUUACAGUGUUUGUUAGGGUUAGUUCUUUUGUAUUUGGGGCUGGGGACCGAGAUGACUAAGACUACCUCAAGGAGAGAAGAUGCUGUUCACGCACUGCUCUUUCCAUGAUUUGCAUCCAAAGCAUUUGUCACAGAGAGCAAAUGUUGACAGAGCUGCUGGUAUCCCAAAGGGAUGACUUUGGAGAAGUGGGUGCUAGAGAAGUGCCAAGCUUUUUCUUUAAUUAUAAAAAGGCAGGAGUGGAGAAGGAGAAGUCUGUCUAGGCAGUUGGUUUCCUUUCCCCUGGCAGGUUCCAGAUGCAAGUUUCCAGUGGGAUGGCUGUGCUCUGAGGGGCUCCCUGGCCCUGGCCUGUUUGGGGAGCUGCAGGUGGGGUCUGUCCCAGCCCUUCCUGGCCAGCUGCCCUCUUACUAUUGCCACACCACCUGCCAGUUUCUCUGAAUUUGUUCCUGCAGUUCAUAACAGGCUUCUGGCAUUACACAAAGGUGCUUUUCUUGCUAGAGGAUGGCAAGGACUUUAUCAUCACUUCCUUAAAAUCCAUUCUAGGUUUACAAAAGCAGGAAAAACCUACUUAGAGAAGAGGCAGGAUUGCCCCUGUUAAAUGUGUUCCUCCAACAUGGUACCUGGCUCGUGAGACUUCGGCACUGCAGCAAUCCCCAUUUUGAGAGCAGUUAAUGUAUCCUGUGUUAAAUGGGGCCUGUGUAGUGGGGUGAGGUACUCCAGUGUCCUCUGGCAUGGCUUUCUCUGCUGGACUCAGGGAAUGGGUGUUCCAUAGUUAUAUCCUGCCAGCACUGCCCUGUUCCUUGUGAAAUCCCAGGAAAAACUACAUUACUGCUGUACUUGGUUACCUGUCAUGUUCUAGGUGUUGCCAGGCUUGGAUUUUCCAUCUCACAGGCUCUCCACAGCUCCAGAUGGAGAACUGAUUGAGUGAUUGCUAAGUGCUGAUGUUUAGCUAAACUUGGGCAUUCUCAUGAGUGACCUCAUGAUUUCCUGCUCAUGAUGGGGAGGUUUGGAUGAGAUGCUCUUGAUCUCAUCUCCUUCAUUAGGAAUUAAUAUUCAAAGAAUCUGUCACUCUCCUAGACAGCCUUGUCUGGGUUUCCUUCCCUGCAUCCUUAGAUAUAAAUCUGGCAUUCACUUAGCAAAGUGGCUCCUUGAUAAGUGUUUGAAUGCUGAUUUAAAAAUACUUGUGGAAACAACUUUUGUUCCCUCAGGGUAGGAGGGACGAGUCACUACCUUCUUGUCUUUCCCGGUGGCAGCUGUGUGGCACAGAGCAAGCACAGCUCAGCAGGGCUGCAGCUGCUGUGCAUGAAUGUGAUGGUGAGCAGGAGGAAAAUCCCAUUCCCCAAAGUUGUCCUUCCUUCCCUCCCUCCCUCCCUGCCUGGCCCAGCGGGUGCUGCUGGCGCAGCCCGAGGGGGGCUGUGCCCUGCUGCUCUGGCACGGCCCAGUCACACCACACCAGGGUGCUGCCUCACCACGGGCAUCCUGCUUGGGCAUCUCCCAGCUCAACGUUUCCCUCUUCUCAAAGUCCAUAGCUGUUCAUUGUUCAUUAUUUAAACAGGAGGUUACGGGUACCAGCUGCUGGGCACAGCAGCGGCUCAGCUCGGUGGAGCUUCGCACCCAAAGGUGGUUCCACAAAUCUCAUUUACUUUCUGACAGUACAAUGAGACACGUGUGCAUUCUCAGGAAAGCCUUCUGCAUACAGCCAAUACCUCACGUGUUCAGGGGAAGAUUUUAGUGUAUCUGUUUGUGAGUUAGAAUGUAUUUCUCAGCUUUUGAGUUUAAUUUCCAAAUAGCUUGAUAUGAUCUUUUUAUUACGGGUUAUUUCUGGCUUGCUGUUCUAUACACUCAAGGAAUUGUUAAAAUUGCAUAGGAGUGAUUUUAUUCUACAGUUACUGAAUUAUUAUAAUCUGUUGAUGAAUAAGUGUUUUAAUUAGUGUACAUAAAAACAGUCAUCUUGUUGCCAGCUACCCAACAAAAAUAAUCUAUUGGGUAAUCUGUGGUUUUCUAAAAUAGCCUCCCAAAACUAAUGCUGUACCAACAACAACCAAAAACCCAAAUUCAGUUAUGAUGACAAACAGACGUGAAUGUUCUAUUUUCUGUUGUAGAAAGCAAAUUUUACAAAAGGUUGAUUGGCAGCAGUAUCCGUUCCCAAAUACACGUUUGCCAUAGGGAGUAGAAAAUCCUUCCUGAACUGACAGGUAAGGAAGCAGCAAACAGACCAGAUGGAAUCACGGGGCAGUCAUUCCUGAUAUCUUCUGCACCAAGUCCUCGAAUGACUUGUAUUUUUUAAACAGGGUAAUGUGAAUGUGUUGCAUUGCAAACUCAGGUAUUAUGAAAAGGUAGGAAUGUAGCUAGAGACGUAGAGACGUUAGGUAGAUGUAUUUGUGAAUUUGGUUUGAAGGACACCCUGGAAAGGUUGGAAUUUUUGUUCCAUUCUUCAUGUAACAUUCAGUUUACAGGGACUCAUAUUUUAUUUGUGCUUAAUGCUACUAGGGGGAAGUUCAUUAUCUUUGGUAUCUAUCUGCUCUUGCUUAUCUGACCUUCUGUCAUAGAGAAAUCUAUCAACAAUAAUAGUCUUUGGUAGAAUUUUCUGCCAUGACAAGUCAAUUUUUAUCCCCGAUUUGAAAGAUAGAUUGGCUGGCUGACCCCCUCUUCUCCUUCAAAGUGUCUGUGCAGAUAGAAAGCUGAAGAGUUACUUUUAAUCCAAGCAGAGAUUUGGGACAUAAAUUUGAAGUGCUCAGGAGAGGCUGCUGAGGAGCAGUGGGAAGGGUCCUGCUCUCGGGGCUCCAUCCCAGGCGAAUGCCAGACCCCAGGGCCUCGACAGAACCUUCUGGAAAGUGAGUGAGUUCUUCCCCUUCAGCUCAGGCUCCUGCCAGGGGCUGAGCCUUGACCCUCAGUGUGGCUGCUCUCACUUGCUGGGGGACCUUGGUGGCCCUGUCCCCAGCCAUGCAAGGGCUCAAGUGGCUCUGCUGCUGUCCCUCCCCUGUGCCAGCAGGACCUGCCCUUGCUCCUCAGGCUUCUGCACAGACCCACAGCCACUUCAGGUAAAGGAGUGUAAGUCUUGUCCUUCAAACCAACUUAAAAAAAAAAAAAAAACAACACUUGAAUUUCUUUUAUCUUUACUACAUUUUUUAAAAGGAAAAAAAGAAAAAAAAAAGAUUCUCCUGUGAAUGUGCUAUUUCCCAUUCAUUCUUUCUUCUUUCUUGGUUUUGAUUUGAAGCUAUGAAGCCUAGUGUCUGUGAAAAUGUUGUUAUUUCUCAGGAUAAUAAGCGGCAAUCAUCCCUGCCACAUGAAAGGCAGGAGAAAAGGGGAAACUUGGGGAACUAGUUAAAGUAUGAAACUAAUUUUUAAGUUGUAGAUGAAGUGUAAAUGAAGGGGAGUGCAUAGCUAUCAGUAUCAAGCUGUGGUGUUUCUCUGGGUUCACAGUGUGUUGUUUCAAUGCACAGAAGCUCAGGGAUAAGUAUUUAAAAUGUGACCCAGAGAAACCCUAGUUUUGAUGUUGCAACAGUUGCUUCUUUCCCAACUUGUCUGGAGGACCCUGGAGAGCUGAACAGAGCCCCAUAUGGGGAUUUUGGGGGAAAAGCUUUGGUUUUGGCUGUGGGAAGUUUGCCUGCUGAAGGCUCAGACGUGGUGCAGUGGGCAGAGCAUCCCAGAGGUGCACGGGGCUGUACGAGGCUGUGCCCUUGCACCACCCAGCAGUUGGGGACCAGCUCUGUCUGUGGGGCUCUGUUUCUGCAUUCCCUCAUAGCUAAAUGUUAAAUGUUUGACUUUGACUGUUCAUGGAAAGGGGGAAACAGGAGUUUCUCACUGUGUCCCUGGCAGCCAGUUGCAGGACUCUGUACUCUGUUGCUUAUGAAUUCUUAAUUUUCUUCAGUACAACUUUCUCACUGUGGUUGUAGGAACAGUCAGACAGCUGGAGAAGGGCACUGCUGUGUGACCACUGCUGUGGUUGGGUUACAGCUGCUAUGAGUGUCCAAACAGCCACAGACAGGGCCAGCACUGAGAGUCAGCAAAAGUUUGAAGGGUGAAACCCCUCCCAGCACCCUCAGCCAGAGUCUGCAAAUCUGAGUUUAAACCGGCCUUGCAAAAAGCUGGGGAGGCCAAUCCAGGCAGUGUCUUUCCCUUGGAAAGAAAAUAAAAUUAAAAAUAGCUCCAGUGAGCUGCCCUCUGACAAGUCUGUGAAAGAAGCAACAUGGAUCAGUGGAAGAAAUGCCCCCAAGGGCAAAAAGAAACAGAAAUUGAGACCAGAUGACGAUCAACCUUAACAAAGCCUUUUGUGAUUCAUUGUUUCUUUCAAUUUAUAAAAUGUCUUGUAAUAGUUGAUAACAUUAUUGACUCAAUUUCCAUAACUAAACUACCUCGUGUGACAUCCUGUUUAUCAUCUCAAAGGGAUUGUGUGAAAAACUAAACACUGCCAGUGUCUGUUGCCAGUGAGGAGCAGGGGCUGUGAUUGCUGGAGUUGUGUUUCCCUUCCCGUGGGCUGGGGUUGGCUCCUGUCACUGCUGUGUGUCCUGUGCUUGAGCUCCGCUGUCCCUCCCUGGGGACACUUUGGGUUUUGUGGGUACCCAUGCAGCCAGAGGCCAGACUCCAGCUCAGUCCUGGUCAGAGGCUGCCUGUGUAACCCGGGAGCUGGCCGUGUGUCAGGUUUGCUGCUCGUGUCACCCCUUGCUGGUGUGAGGGACGUUUCCAAGAGGGUCAGUCCCAGUUGUUGGCUCCUUGGUGACGUUCCCAGGGAUGGUUUCUCCCGUUCAUUUUUCCCACAAUCCCUUGUGUAAAUCAGGGAAGCAGGAUGUUGCCUCGGCAUGACACACGGUGAGCAUUGGCACGCUCGGAGCCGGGGCUGGGGCAGGAGGGCGUGCCUGGCCCGGUGUCACCGCGGGGCACGGGCACCGGGAGCUGCCCCCUCCCCGCAAUGCGACCAAAUGAAUGUUUCUGCCGACUCCGCCCCUGCUCCGCUCUGGGACUUGACUACCUGUGGAAAUGUGACCAAUAAGUGUUGAAUGCAUGUUUAGUGAGUGUUUAGCUGUAUGAACUAAUAAAUGUGAAAUGUUCUGCA